UGUCUCGCGGAGCACACGGCGGAGCGGCGGCGGCCGCGCUCGGGGGGCGCGCGGCUGCGGCGCCGGCGGCGCGGCGUGUGAGGGCCGCCUCGGGCCGAGAGGGCGCCGCGAGCGGCCCGGCGAGCGCCGACAACAUGUCGGAUACCAAGGUAAAAGUUGCUGUCCGAGUUCGGCCCAUGAACCGACGAGAACUGGAACUGAACACCAAGUGCGUGGUAGAGAUGGAAGGGAAUCAGACGGUCCUGCACCCUCCUCCUUCUAACACCAAACAGGGAGAAAGGAGACCACCCAAGGUAUUUGCCUUUGAUUAUUGCUUUUGGUCCAUGGAUGAAUCUAACACUACAAAAUAUGCUGGUCAAGAAGUGGUUUUCAAGUGCCUUGGGGAAGGAAUUCUUGAAAAGUCCUUUCAGGGGUAUAAUGCUUGUAUUUUUGCAUAUGGACAGACAGGUUCAGGAAAAUCCUUCUCUAUGAUGGGCAAUGCUGAGCAGCUGGGCCUUAUUCCAAGGCUCUGCUGUGCUUUAUUUCAAAGGAUCUCUUUGGAACAAAAUGAAUCACAGACCUUUAAAGUUGAAGUCUCCUAUAUGGAAAUUUAUAAUGAGAAAGUUCGGGACCUUUUAGACCCCAAAGGGAGUAGGCAGUCUCUUAAAGUUCGAGAGCAUAAAGUUUUGGGACCAUAUGUAGAUGGUUUAUCUCAACUGGCUGUUACAAGCUUUGAGGAUAUUGAGUCAUUGAUGUCUGAGGGAAAUAAGUCUCGAACGGUAGCUGCAACCAACAUGAAUGAAGAAAGUAGCCGCUCCCAUGCUGUGUUCAACAUAAUAAUCACACAGACACUUUACGACCUGCAGUCUGGGAACUCAGGAGAGAAGGUCAGUAAGGUCAGCUUGGUAGACCUGGCGGGCAGCGAACGAGUAUCUAAAACAGGAGCUGCAGGAGAGCGACUGAAAGAGGGCAGCAACAUUAACAAGUCCCUUACAACCUUGGGGCUGGUUAUAUCUUCACUGGCUGAUCAGGCAGCCGGCAAGGGUAAAAACAAAUUUGUGCCUUAUCGAGAUUCAGUCCUCACUUGGCUUCUUAAGGACAAUUUGGGGGGCAACAGCCAGACCUCCAUGAUAGCCACCAUCAGCCCAGCAGCAGACAACUAUGAAGAGACACUCUCCACGCUAAGAUAUGCAGACCGCGCCAAAAGGAUCGUCAACCAUGCUGUGGUCAACGAGGAUCCCAACGCCAGGGUCAUCCGGGAGCUGCGGGAGGAAGUGGAAAAGCUAAGAGAGCAGCUUUCACAGGCCGAGGCUAUGAAGGCCCCUGAACUGAAAGAGAAGCUAGAUGAAUCUGAAAAGCUGAUUAAAGAACUAACAGUGACUUGGGAAGAGAAGCUGAGAAAAACAGAAGAAAUUGCACAGGAGAGACAGCGGCAACUUGAAAGUAUGGGGAUUUCCCUUGAGACAUCAGGCAUCAAGGUGGGAGAUGACAAGUGCUAUUUAGUUAACCUGAAUGCAGACCCUGCUCUCAAUGAACUCCUCGUUUAUUAUUUAAAGGAUCAUACCAGGGUGGGUGCAGAUACCUCUCAGGACAUACAGCUCUUUGGUAUAGGAAUUCAGCCUGAGCACUGUGAGAUUGAUAUUGCAUCUGAUGGGGAGGUUUCUCUUACUCCAAAGGAAAAUGCAAGGUCCUGUGUAAAUGGUGCCCCCGUGUGCAGUACCACCCAGCUGUGGCACGGCGAUAGAAUCCUUUGGGGAAAUAACCACUUUUUUAGAAUUAAUUUACCUAAGAGGAAACGGCGAGAUUGGUUGAGAGACUUUGAAAAAGAAACAGGUCCACCAGAGCAUGACCUGGAUGCAGCCAGUGAAGCUUCCUCAGAACCAGACUACAACUACGAAUUUGCCCAGAUGGAAGUCAUCAUGAAAACGCUGAACAGUAAUGACCCAGUUCAGAAUGUGGUUCAGGUCCUGGAGAAACAAUAUCUAGAAGAAAAGAGGAGUGCCCUUGAAGAGCAGCGGCUUAUGUACGAGCGGGAACUGGAGCAGCUCUGCCAGCAGCUGUCCCCCGAGAGGCAGCCCCCCAGCGGCGGCCCCGACUGCCUGGCCUACAGCAGCCAGACGGCUCAGCAGAAGGUGACCCAGUGGGCCGAGGAGAGAGACGAACUCUUCCGACAGAGCCUGGCAAAACUGCGGGAGCAGCUAGUUAAGGCUAAUACAUUGGUGAGGGAAGCAAACUUCUUAGCUGAGGAAAUGAGCAAACUCACUGAUUACCAAGUGACUCUCCAGAUCCCUGCUGCAAACCUCAGUGCCAAUAGAAAGAGAGGAGCAAUAGUGAGUGAGCCAGCCAUUCAAGUGAGGAGGAAGGGCAGGGGCACCCAAGCUUGGACCAUCGAGAAGCUGGAGAACAAAUUAAUCGAUAUGAGGGAACUUUAUCAAGAGUGGAAGGAGAGAGUUCCUGAGGCAAAGAGAAUCUAUGGGAAACGAGGUGACCCUUUCUACGAAGCCCAAGAGAAUCACAACCUAAUAGGCGUGGCUAACGUGUUCUUGGAGUGCCUCUUCUGUGACGUGAAACUUCAGUAUGCAGUCCCCAUCAUCAGCCAGCAGGGGGAGGUCGCAGGGCGUCUCCAUGUGGAAGUGAUGCGGGUCACCGGAGCUGUUCCCGAGCACGUGGUGGAGGAUGACUCCUCGGAGAACUCCAGUGAAAGUGGGAGCCUUGAAGUCGUAGACAGCAGUGGGGAGAUCAUUCACCGAGUCAAGAAACUGACAUGCCGGGUAAAAAUUAAAGAAGCAACUGGGCUCCCCUUGAACCUCUCGAAUUUUGUCUUCUGUCAAUACACGUUCUGGGACCAGUGUAAGUCCAUGGUGGCCGCUCCAGUGGUGGACCCAGAGGUGCCUUCCCCACAGUCCAAGGAUGCCCAGUACAUGGUCACUUUCUCUCACUGCCAGGACUAUGUGGUAAACGUAACAGAAGAAUUUCUGGAGUUCAUUUCAGAUGGAGCACUGGCGAUUGAAGUAUGGGGCCAUCGGUGUGCAGGAAAUGGUAGCUCCAGCUGGGAAGUCGAUUCUCUUCAUGCUAAGACAAGAACACUGCAUGACAGGUGGAAUGAAGUGACUCGCAGAAUAGAAAUGUGGAUCUCCAUAUUGGAAUUGAAUGAGUUGGGGGAAUAUGCUGCAGUGGAACUUCAUCAGGCCAAAGAUGUCAACACAGGAGGCAUCUUUCAACUAAGACAGGGUCAUUCCCGUAGAGUGCAAGUAACCGUGAAGCCUGUGCAGCAUUCGGGGACACUGCCCCUCAUGGUUGAAGCCAUCCUGUCAGUAUCCAUUGGCUGCGUAACAGCCAGGUCCACCAAGCUGCAGAGAGGGCUGGACAGUUACCAGAGAGAUGAUGAGGAUGGUGAUGAUAUGGAUAGUUAUCAGGAAGAAGAUUUAAACUGUAUAAGAGAGAAGUGGUCUGAUGCACUCAUUAAACGACGAGAAUACUUAGAUGAACAGAUUAAAAAAGUCAACAAUAAAAAAGAGAAAACGAAGGAUGAUAUGGAGCGGGAAGCUCGGCUCGUGGAGCAGUGGGUGGGACUGACGGAGGAGAGGAAUGCCGUGCUGGUCCCAGCCCCAGGCAGCGGGAUCCCGGGGGCUCCCGCCGACUGGAUUCCACCUCCUGGAAUGGAAACACACAUACCGGUUCUCUUCCUUGAUUUGAAUGCGGAUGACCUCAGUGCUAACGAGCAGCUCAUCGGCCCCCAUGCCUCGGGCGUGAACUCCAUCCUGCCCAAGGAGCAUGGGAGCCCGUUUUUCUACCUGCCCAUCAUAAAGCACAGUGACGAGGAGGUUUCAGCCACAGCCUCUUGGGACUCCUCCGUUCAUGAUUCCAUCCACUUGAAUAGGGUCACCCCACAGAAUGAAAGGAUUUACUUGAUUGUGAAGACCACAGUCCAGCUCAGUCACCCAGCUGCUAUGGAGUUAGUACUGCGAAAACGGAUUGCAGCCAAUAUUUACAACAAGCAGAGUUUCACCCAGAGUUUGAAGAGGAGAAUAUCAUUGAAAAAUAUUUUUUACUCCUGUGGUGUAACCUAUGAAAUAGUAUCCAAUAUACCAAAGGCAACAGAGGAGAUCGAGGACCGGGAAACACUGGCUCUCAUGGCAGCGAGGAGCGAAAACGAAGGCACAUCGGACGGGGAGACGUACAUUGAAAAGUAUACGCGUGGGGUGCUGCAGGUGGAGAACAUCCUGAGCCUCGAACGUCUGCGGCAGGCCGUCACUGUCAAAGAAGCACUUUCCACCAAAGCCCGGCAUCUGCGGAGAAGCCUCAGCACACCAAACGUGCAUAACGUGAGCUCCAUCCUGCCAUGGGUCUCUUCCAGUCGAGCAGACCUUUCUGGCUUUGAUGAAGAUGAUAAGGUUUGGUUAGAGAACCAGUUAGACAUGUCUGAUCACAGCUCCAGUUACCAAGAUGUAGCAUGUUAUGGAACUCUACCCAGGGAUUUACCUCGAAGGAGUAAAGAAGGUUGCUCAUCAGAGAAUCCUCAUGCCUUAACAGUUAGUCCUUUUAAAGCAUUCUCUCCUCAGCCACCAAAGUUUUUCAAACCCCUAAUGCCUGUAAAAGAGGAGCAUAAGAAAAGGAUAGCUCUUGAAACAAGACCUCUUCUAAGCCAGGAGAGCAUGCCUCCAUCUCAGGCACAUAACCCUGGCUGCACUGUACCCUCAGGAAGCAAUGGCAGCUGCAUGCCAGUAGAACACAAUAGCAAACGUGAGAAGAAUAUUGACUCAGAGGAUGAGGAAAAUGAGCUGGAAGCUAUUAACAGGAAGCUAAUAGGUUCACAGCCGUAUGUACCUGUGGAGUUUGCAGACUUCAGUGUUUACAAUGCCAGCUUGGAGAACAGGGAGUGGUUUUCCUCUAAAGUAGAUUUGACAAACUCACGGGUCUUGGAGAAAGAAGUCUCCCGGAGCCCUACCACCAGCAGUAUUACCAGUGGCUACUUCUCCCACAGUGCCUCCAACGCCACCCUGUCGGACAUGGCAGUCCCUUCCAGUGACAGCUCGGAUCAGCUGGCCAUUCAGAUGAAGGAUGCAGACACCAGAGAGCAUUCUGGACCUUCACCUGUGCAUGAUUUGAGACCGUCCUCAAACACAGAGUUGACAGAACCAGAAAGAGGCUUGGUAAAGGAUAACGUCAUCAUGGUGCCACUCAAGGAAAACAGUGCCUUAGCCAAAGGGAGCCCAUCAUCCCAAAGCAUCCCUGAGAAAAAUUCUAGAGUACUGUGUCAGACGGGCUCACGUUCAGAACUAGAUGCCUGCCCCAGCAAAAAUGGCCAAGCGGCCAGGGAAUUCCCCCCCAGGGAAGUGACCAUAGAACACACCACAAACAUCCUUGAGGACCAUUCUUUCACAGAGUUCAUGGGUGUGUCAGAAGAGAAAGAUUUUGAUGGUUUGACAGAUUCUUCUGCUGGAGAGCAUUCAAGGAGGAGAAACCUAUCACGUAAAACUGACAGUCAGAGUGUCUCAGACGGGCCCCCGGACCCUUGCCAGCUGCACUCAGCAUCAGAGAAAGACCAGGGGAGCCUGACUGCCAGGUGAAAGGCUGCAAGCACUUCCACUUCAGGCCAUGGGGUUGCAUCUUGUUCUUCCUGGUGGCCUUGAGAAAGCACCAGCCCCCAUCUUUAAAACAUGCUGCAGCCCUGCCUGACCUCACACCAGCUCCCACUCCAAGAAGCAAGAAACGUGCUUCCUGAGCUGGAGAAGUGGCAUGUUGUCACUCGGGUCGAAUCAGCAGCCUCUGCUUUUUCCAGAAAGCAAGAAAACUGAACUCCUGGAUUAAUGAAAUGGCAGUAUUUUUGUUUGCACUCACUACACACCCCACUGUGUAGAAAGCUCCACAGAUUCAAACAACAGACUUUAUUCUUGUACAAUUUUAAUCAGUUCUUACUGUAGAAUCUGGAGUUAAUACUCUAAUUUUUUUUAUAAAUAAUAUAUAUUAUGUAUAUGAAAUGUUUAUCUAUAGUUUGUCUGGAGACAGACAAGGCUGCACACUAAAAUGCAGAUAAAGGUGAUUUGUAGAAAAUCUUAAGGUACUGGACUUGGUUACAGAGGAACUUGGGCAAUUUCUUAAACGUGAGUGAAUGAAAAAAUAUAUUGCAUAAUGAGGGUGCAAAUCCUUCUUUGCAGAAAAGGUUACAGAAAGCUGUUCUUUAUAACCAAAGAACUUACAGCAGACUGAACGUUUUUGCUGUACACAUAGGUUUGACUGCAAGUUUGGUGCCAUAUUUCCCUUGGCUACCAAGCCACAGGCGUUCUCUGUUCUCUGUUUCCUUAAGCACACUGAAAAAUGUCACAGCUCUGUCCUUUGAUCUUCACCUGGCCCGCCACCUGCUAACUUGACAUUGUCUUACAACUGUUGGCAGUGGCUGGGCUCUGCCUUGGUCCAGCCCAGCCGGGCAGGUGGAAUGCAGAGAGCAGUAUUACUGUAAGAAAAUACAAGGACCUACCAAGGGUUGGGGCAGUGGAGGGGGUUGGUUUGUUUUUUUUGUAUUUUGUUUUGGGUUGGUGGGUUUUGUUGUGGUGUGGCUCUGCUGUUGUUAUUUUACUAAAUUCUGAGUAAUGCUGAAGAGAUGGAUUGAGCUAUGAAGUUCAUGGGUGCUCAUUUCACCGUGGUUACAGGAGAUGAUCAAAUACAGAUGACCCUGCUGUCCCUGACUUCAUUCGUAAAAUUCUCCCACUCAUGGAAAUGUUGAAGGAUUAUGUGUGUGGAAAACUUACAAAAGUACUUUAUGUGUCUAUUCUGUAGAUGCCUGUACAAUUGGUUUGGAUGUACAGCUGUAAAUGUGUUAUUAGAUCAAGAGAGAGAAUGUGUACAGCCUGCUGUACCUUUUUUCUGUACGUUCUUAGAAUCAGUAAAUAAGUAAAAUAUUGGAGAUUUUAAUGAAAAGCUGCUGUUCAUGAUUUUUGUGUAUAGUGAGCUGACUGUAGUAUUUUACUAUUGUCUGUUUUUAAAAAAAGAUUGUAAUUUAUAUCCUUUUCCAUUUUGUUGUAUUUAAUUGGUACAGAUUUUUUUUUUUUUU